AUGACCAAUUACAACGGAAUCACCAGCCAGCCAACAGAAGCCCUGCCACCCCAUGGCAACAAGGACCUAGAGCAAUGGCUCGGCUCCAUGGUGCUUCAGGCCACCCAGCCUAGCCAUGAACAGCCUCCAGUACAUGCAGUCAUACGGGAAUUUCAGACCGUCAUCGAGUCUGACGCAAUCGUCUUCAUGCAUGCAUGUGCGAUGUUCCAACAAGUGCCAUCCGAGUCACCUUACAACAAUGACCCACUGGGACGGCCUCAGAUUCGGGACUACAAGCAAAUGCUGCAGCUCAUGAAUGCCCUGCUGACAGCAGCGCCGAAAUGGGACAACCAGGUCUUCCAGAUCGGUUGGACGGGCUUCCCCAUCAACGUGGUACUCAAUUGGCCCAUGUCCACGCCCAGCGGCAAGGCAUUCUUCCUGCAUGACCGGGUCAAUGCGCAACUGAGGAAGGUUCUCAACACAUGGGCCGCGCAUCUAGGCUCAGAGGCGUCUGCCAACGUCCUGACUGCGGAUGCACACGGUUGGCUAGGGCCGGAUGCACUGGCUGCCAUGGAGCAUGUAGCCAAUGUCGGCACAACCAAUCUCCCCUUUGAGCAGCUGUUCGAAUGCAAUCCCUUGGUACCGCAUUGGGGAUUCACGUCAUGGGAUGACUUCUUCAUUCGUCGUUUCCGCCCAGGCGUACGCCCCGUUGCCGGUCCCGACGACGACAAUAUCAUCGCCAACCCCUGUGAAUCCAAGCCGUACCGCCUCGCCACCAACGUAGCCAGCCGCGACACAUUCUGGGUCAAGGGCCAGCCGUACUCGGUGCUGGACAUGUUGGCGCAGGAUGAGCUAGCGCGGUACUUCAUCGGAGGCACCGUGUACCAGGCUUUCCUCAGCAGCCUCAGCUACCAUCGCUGGCACAGCCCGGUUAGCGGCACGGUAGCGAAGACGCGCCUCGUGCCGGGAACCUACUACUCCAAAGCGGACUCUCAGGGCUUCGGCUCCCGCCACAAGUCCCUCAGCCAAUCUCAAGGCUAUCUGACCGCAGUCGCCACUCGGGCUUUGAUCUUCAUCAAAGCGGACAAUCCCGCCCUGGGGCUAGUUUGCGUCAUGCCCGUUGGAAUGGCCGAGGUUUCGACAUGCGAGAUUACCGUGAUCCCCGGGCAACGGGUACGCAAAGGCCAGGAGUUGGGGAUGUUCCAUUUCGGAGGAUCGACUACGUGCCUGCUGUUCGGACCUGAGACAGUAAUGCAGUGGACAGCACAGGCGUCCAUGGUGGAUGGCUCAGGUUUCAAUAUCCCUGUCAACACGGAGAUUGCACGACUGCGGAUUGCUUGA